CGGGAAACACCGCAGUGCAGGCCGGGCGGACGGCAACCCUCGCGAGAAUUGUCCAGGCCUAGCGGGAUUUUCGGCUUCCGGCGCGGCCGGGAACCAGGGGCGGGGCCGGGAACCAGGGGCGGGGCCUUCGGGUGACGUAGAGGUUUGGUUGAUCCGUUGCCAGGGCGCGAGAUUACGACAGACGUUUAGGCCCCGCCCUCUCUUCUUGUUGCAUGGCAACGCAAAUCGCGGCUACCUAGUCGUGGAGGAGGCGGUGCCGGGAGGAGUCUGCAGCUUUUGGGAGGCGGGGAAGCUGGCUGACCGAGCCGACGCCUGCUGAGACAAGUUAGAAGUCCCAGCAGGGCUAUGCCCUCAGGGCAAGAAGAGUUCAGAGGCUACCGCUGUAGCCCAAGAAUAGUCUUGUACCUGAGCCACUUGGCUGCUUGAACCUAGACCCCACCUGGGAGCUUCAAAAUUGGGACUUCUUGCUGAGAAAGAUGUUUAAGACAAACGUGCCACCAGAUCCCAAGGAGGUGGCAGCCAUUGAGGCUAGAAGAAAUCGAGAAAAAGAACGACAAAGCCGAGUCUUCAAUGUGCGGACCAGAGUCAUGGGGGUGGAUGUAGAAGCCCUGAACAGCCAGGUGGAAGAACGAAAGCUUCGGGAGACAACAGAACGGAGCAAGGAGGCAGCUUAUGGUACCACCCAGGUGCAGUAUGAUGUAGUAGCUCAGAUGCUAGAGAAAGAAGAAGCAGAACGGAACCGUCGGCUGUCCAAGAAAAUCCAGGAGUUUCGAGAGCAGAAGCAGCAGCUCAAGAAAAAGUGUGAAUUUGACCCCUGGGAUCCAUUCCGACUCUGGAUGAAGUAUCCAGCUCCUCUCCGUGACAAUGAUCCCUACUGUGGUGCAGCCAGCCUGCAGUACUUCCCGGGGGAGAACCUGGACAGGGCCAGAUGCCCGAGAAUGCAGCAGGAGCAGUUCAGGUACAACCUGGAGAGGCAGCUACAAGAGCAACAGCAAGCCAGAGCUAAUGAGACUUGUAUAGAUAUGCUCAGUGACCAGCUGCGCCUAGCCAUGGACAUACGGGCCACCCAGAUGGUCAAGCUGGAGGAGUCCUGUCGCAUGGCCAUGAUGUCUGCCACGGCUAAUGCCAACAAAGCCCAGGCAGCCGAGAUGGCUGAGCAGCAGCGCCGUGAACGUCAGCGCCAACAGGAGGCCAACCUCAUGGAGAUCCAGAGCCUGGUCUCGAGCAACCUACUGUCGGAGAACCCCCAGGUCGCCCAAAACCCUGUGGCUCCACACAGGGUCCUGCCCUACUACUGGACGGGCAUGACUCCAGAGCAGCGAGCUGCCAUCAGAAGAGUCCAGGAGGCACAACGCCGUGAAAAGGAGGCACAGCGCCAGGCCGAACAAGCACUGGAUAGCGAAUGGGAGAGCCAGGCUGUGAACUUAGCCCAGGCGGCCAUGGAAUUAGAAGAGCAGGAGAAGGAGCUUUGUGCUGAAUUUCGGAGGGGGCUAGGCUCCUUCAACCAGCAGCUGGCUGAGGAGCAAAAGGCUCAGCAAAAUUAUCUGAAUGCAAUCAUCUACAUCAAUAAGCCUACAGCCCAGUAUUACCUGCAAUACAACACCAGCAGCCGCUGACUCAGGAUGGUCAUCUCUCCCUCCUCCCCCAUCAAGCCCACAGAGGCUGAGUCAGAGGAAAAUGCUGCAGACCCCCUCCACCAAUCCUUCCCCAGUGGGAGAGAGCUGAGCCACUACCCCCACCUUUGACCCUAGGUAAUAAAGUUAU